AUGUUGGUUAUGGAUAAUGAUGAUGGAAGACAAUUUCAUUCCACACAUCACUGUCAAUGUAUCCACUCAAUGUAUGCAAAAACGUUAACAAACACAACUUUAAUACCGACAAGGAAAUCAUUUAUCACUUCGAUUGUGUUGAUACUCGCAUUUAUAUUUGCUGAUGACGCUUUAGAAUUGACGAGUUCUAGGAAUUUCUUUAAUGUUCCAUUGCACACAAAUAUGUUAACUACUAGUGCAACUGAAAAUAUCGGCGAUGACAAUAAUGUGUCGAUUCAUUCAUCAGAGGAUUUUAGAUUACCACGUACAUUGUUUCCACAUCUCUACGAUUUGUCAAUUCAAGUCCAUUUGCAUGAUAACAAGUCACAAGCAUUUUUCUUCAAUGGGUCUGUGACAAUAAAAGUUUUCUGUAAUGUAUCGACAACCGAGUUCUUCGUACAUGCAUCCGAUAAUCUGAAUGUGAGCUUGGAUCAAAUCCAUAUGUCUCUUCUUCAUGAACAAAAUCAAACAAGUUCUAUCAUUGAAAUAGAAGACGUUAGUUAUUUUAAAGAUGCUGAGUGUUAUCGAAUUAAACUCAAAGCGCCAUUGCAACCAUAUACUUAUUACAACCUGACAUUUGGACAGUUUCGUUCUGAUAUGGACUAUGAUUCUGAUGGACUGUAUAUUAGCAGAUAUUUGGAGAAUGGGAUUUACAAAUAUGUGGCAAGUACUGAUUUAGAACCAAGUGAUGCCAGGCGUAUAUUACCAUGUUGGGAUGAACCAGAAUUUAAAGCAAAAUUCAAGGUCAAUAUUGUACGCGACGAAAAUUUCCAUUCGCUUUCAAACAUGAAUUUGGAAAGUACGGAAGUGUUGUACGAUAAUUGGCGUGUCGACAGGUAUAACACCAGUGUGAAAAUGUCCACAUAUCUGUUGGCAUUUGUAGUUUCACAGUUUUCGAAUAUUCAGAGGACAGACAAUAGAGGACGAAACUUCACUGUUUGGGCAAGACCGGAUAAAAUUCGAUCAGCUGAAUAUGCACUUGAUAUUGGCAUAAAAUUAUUGGGAUACUUUGAAGAUUAUUUUGGCAUUCCCUAUUCACUUCCUAAAAUGGAUAUGAUUGCGAUUCCUAAGACAUCAAUGAUGGCAAUGGAAAACUGGGGAUUGAUAACUUAUGAUGAAAAUUUAAUGUUAUGGGACGCAGAAAACAGUUCAAUAGCAUCCCAAAUCCUCGUGGCUUUAUUUAUUUCACAUGAACUUGCUCACCAGUGGUUAGGAAACUUGGUGACAAUGAAAUGGUGGGAUAACUUGUGGUUGAAUGAAGGCUUCGCAACAUUUUUCGAAUACAUCGGAGUACGGUUACUACAUCCUGAGUGGAAAGUAGAUGAACUAUUCAUACUGGACGAAUUGAUUCGUGUGCUUGAUAGAGAUACAUCAAUGAAGUCAAGACCAGUCAUUUAUUCAGCCAAUACUACAACACAAAUUAAAAGCAUGUUUGAUAUAUUCACUUAUAGUAAGGGCGGCUCCUUGGUUUGGAUGAUGGAGAAAUUCAUGGGCCGUAGUGCGUUUCAAAACGGUGUGAAAAGAUAUUUAAUUCAAAACCAAUAUAAGAACACAGAUGAAAAGGAUUUAUGGAAGGCAUUAUCUGAAGAAUGGAAUACUCAAGGAAAUCAUUUAGACAUUGGAUUUAUUAUGGAUUAUUGGACUAAACAAAGGAAUUAUCCACUAGUGAUUGUAAAGAGAAAUGGUUCAAAUGUGUUUUGUUUUGAGCAGAAGCGUUACUUUCACCAUUAUGGUAACGAGUCAUCUCAAACAAAUCGUGAACACCCCUGGAUAAUACCAAUCACCUAUGGGUCAGCACAAACGGUGAACUGGACAAAUGUUGACAUUGUGUGGAUGGUGAACAACACAAUGAAUCAAACAAUGGACGUAAACUCAGACGACUGGUAUUUGGUGAAUGUAAAACAAGGUGGAUUUUAUCGAGUUCACUACUCUGACAAUAACUGGAUCUUAUUAAUCAACCAAUUGCAAAAGAACUUCACGGCUAUUCCAGUUUUCUCACGCGCACGAAUAUUGAAUGAUUUAUUCAGUCUUGCAAAUCAACAUAUCGUACCGUAUACGCUUUUCCUGAACGCGACAAAAUAUUUAAACCGCGAAGAUGAGUUUAUUGUAUGGAUAACGGCUAGUCGAGCGCUGCUCUACAUUAAUAGCAUGUUUGCUCUGAAUGAGAAUUAUGAUGUUUUCCAAGCCUACUUGCAAGCUCUUAUACAUAACCGAAUUCGAUCAGCAAGUCGGUCAUUUGUUAGUACAGGUGAAGAUCCUCAAAAGAUACGUUUUGACUAUAAUGUGAUCAAACUCGCUUGUAUAGCUGAACAUCAACUUUGUGUGAACAAAACUACGGAUCUCUUCAGACAGUGGAUGUCGAAACCCGAAACGAACCCCAUACGACCUGAUUUGAGAUUCAUUACUUAUUGUACAGCUAUUCGUCAUGGUGGUCAACAAGAAUGGAAAUUUUUAGAAAGUCAGCUGACGUUGAACGAUUCUGUAAAUGAGGAAGAGACUGAAAACAAGAUGUUGGCAUUAACGUGUUCUCGUGAUACAGAAAUUAUGAAAGAGUACUUAAGGCGGGUAAGAGAGAACAAGAACUUCUGGUUUACGCUUGACUAUUUCUCAGAGUCUCCAGUUGGUAACCAACUUUUAUGGGACCACUUGAAUGAUGUAAAUAAUUUUGUUGAUCAUAAAGACUUUACGAAAUUAUUAACAAAAACACUAACUGAGUAUCCUUACUCAGUGUUUAGUGGAACAAAUCAUGAAAAGAUCCAUGUAACAGAAGCAAAUCAUCAGAUAGACCCUGAACUUCGAAAGACGAUCGACUAUUUAAUUCAGAUAUCCAGAGAAAAAUUGAAAUGGACUGAAAACUAUUCUGACAUUAUUAUUCAGUGGUUGAAUGAAAAUAUCCCAGUAUUUACCUAUUUAUCAUAGAUGAUGAAGACCAACCAAUUAACCACUCAUCAACUAUACGAGAUGAUUCUUUUAACUUCCGUCGUUGUUGUCAUUGAUACUUUUUAUUCUACUAAGCCUUGGGACAUUUAUAUUUUAUUCCAUAUCCACACUAGUACUUUAAAUAUUUGCUUGUAGUAACUCGUAAUAACUUUAGUUGGAUAUUUAUAUUUAUUUAUAUAGCACUGAUGGUGGAACAAUUUUGUUAUGGGAUUCCAUUCUAAAUGUUUAAUAUUCAUAAUGUGAAGUAAAAAACCUCGAGUAUGAACAAAGUUGUCUUUGUUAAUCAACGAAAUAUGGUUCUUUAAAAGUAUAUGAAAAAUGAUUCCGAUAAAUGAGGUCGGAUAAAAUGGAAAUUUGUAAUACUGCUAGUGAAAUUGAUUCACAGACAACCGAUUAACGUACAACGAUAUUCCAAUAGUAAUAUCUGGUGAAGUCUAGUGAUGGAAGGACUGCAGUUAAAUGUUGAGCUGUGUUAAAAACAUCUCGUAAAUUUCAAAAAUAAAAAUGAAUAACCAUUUCACAAUCGAAUCGAAUAACUUUUUUCUAAUCUCAAAUUAAACUAAACCAUCCAAUGAAGUUUCUAACACUUAGUCAAUGAUGUUGAAGUUCGUCGUCUUCUAUCGAAUCGCGUCAGUUUCUUGGGCAGUUUUUCAUUUGUCUGCUAUCCGUUUGCCGAUGACGCCGCAGCAAUAAUCCGGAUAUAUAUUGGCAAUCAUCAAUUGACAGUACAAAUGCGGAGGAUCGGUGAUAAAUCCAUAGAUGUUUCUCUAUGACACAAUCUAUGUAGUUUGAAACAUAUGUUGAGAAUCAGACUCCACUCGACAGGCUAAGAAGAUAAAUUAAUCAAUUGAAAAACUGAUCACAAAUGAAAUGGAAUAAAGUCAUUUCUAAUAUUUAUUAUUCCUGAUGGUGUAGAAAAGCGGAAAGUCGGUACACCUGAAGAACCAUUCGACAAGUUUUCCAGAGGCCAGAAAGAGGAUGGGAAUAUUUCAAACUAUCUGAAAUCAGUACGUGGACUUCUAGGAAAUUGACUGGCUAUGUCGUUAACUCUAAAUAUAUGAAUACUUACUUUCCGUCUUAAGUAGUGUGUUUUCAAAAGCUUCCAAACUUCAAUGAUAGCCAACAGACCUAUAAGUAUGCCCAUAUUUUUAGAUGACUGAGAUGAUGUUUAUCUCAGGUGGAUGCUGUUAGUAGGGAUUGGUUCUCUGACUAGAACGACUCUAUUGUGAAGUUUUUAUUGUUCAUCUGGACAACAACAACACAAACGUCAGGUAGAAGUAAGGUAUUCGAAUUUUUCCACAUAUGGUUGACAGCUUAACUGGACACUGUUGAACUGCAACCACAAUGAUGCUGUAUGUCUAGAAAUUCUAGUAAUGGUACAAUUCUGGUGCGGUUGCUGGAUUCCAUAAGACUCAAUUGUGCUCAGACCAAAUCGCGACACUGUGAACCAUCGUUGCACAAUCAACUGAAUGGAAGGCGUCGCUAUGCACCAAUGUGCGUGAUUAUGAAAAGGCUUUCAGUAGCAACGAAUAGAUAACCUUGUGGAACUUAUUUAGACACUGUAGUUCGCCGAAGAAAACCGUCAACAUCAUUGGAAAUGUAUGUGAUGAACUACACUGCAAAGUGGUUCACGGUGGACGACUCACAGAUCCAUUUCGAGUGACGAAUGUUGUCUGACAAGGCUGAUUACUCUUUUCCUUUCCUCUUUCUUUUGGAGGUUGACUGGAUUACGAAGACCUCUACAUGAGAGGAGAAGCAAGAUGAAAAAAUUCGAUUCAGUAUGAUGAUCUGGACUUUAAAAAUGACCUCGCUAAUCUAUCCCACACGCACCACAUUCCUACAGUUGAAGAACAUAUAGAAAUUAAAAUAGAUAUCUGUAAGCCAACAUCAAAUUCAUAAUCUUCACAAAACAUUUUAAAACAAUUCUACCAUACGGAGCUGAGACUUGAAGAACUAAUGCAACAAUUAAUAAAAAGUAAAGGUGUUUAUAUGCAAUUGUUUAUAUAUGAUACUCAACGUCCGUUAAAUGGAUAACAUCAGCAACAAAUCUGCUUCCAAAUGAAGAGUAAAUUAAUAAAAGACGUUGGGAAUGGAUAGGAGACACAUUUUGUAAAUCAUCAGACCACAUAUUUAAGCAAGCCUUGACUUAAAAUCCUUAAUGUAAACGCAAAAGAUAAAGACCGAGCCACACUUGGAGUCGGGAAUUACAAGCAGAAGGCAAAAGUGUGAAUGGCAACUGGAAACAGCUGGACGGAAUCGCCUAGGAUAGAGUUGGAUGAAGAACGCUGGUGAGCAGUUUAUGCUUCCACACGAAGUGAGGUGACAAUCGUAAGUUAGUUGGUUCACGAUCAAAAUCUAGAGUUUCGCAUGCAUUUUGUGCAUUCCCAUUCAAAUUAGAUGAGUAUGUUACGUUAUCUUCAAACACGUCAUGUAUCAUUUAUGUCCAUAGAAGAUAUUACCACCGAAGGAUCUGCAACUGACAAAUCAAUACUAGUUUAAGGUUAACUUCACAGCGAUAAUAUUUUUUGGUUUAUAAUUAUACCACCAAAUGCAUAUUCCUGUAUAAAAAAUUACACCUAAAAGCCUAUCCGUUCAUUGAAGAAAUAAUUCUUGGUAGUCAAGUUCAGGAUUUUGUUUUUAGAGUAUUACUUUUUAAAAGAGAUCUCAGAACAUAUUUUCAAUUACGGAAUUCUAUAAAUUAAAGGUUGUCCUGGCUUCAUCGCUAAGGUUAAACCUUGAUGAGAAAAAAAGGAACUUCUGUAAAACGUAAUCAACAAAUAAACGAAGAAUCUACGAUACCAUUGUAGUUAAAGAAUUCGAUGAGUUUCUAUCACACAUAAUAAUCAGUAGAUUAACAUGAAUCCCACCUUUACUGACUGCUCGUCUCCUCUUUAGUUGUUAAAAUCAUCAUAAAAGAAUUACGAAAUGUUCGCGUUUCGCAACCUAAGUGACAUCAAAUUCAUGCUAAUGAGGUCAGUCUACCAUGUGCAUAAAACUUGAUGCUGAGUGAAAACAUGGUUUUAUUUCUAACAUGUGAACUACAUAUUAGUUUCAAAACGUCUUUACUGCUGCACUGGUUACUUUCUGUGGAAGGGAUUCUAGAAACACUAUUAAUGUAAUAUAAGAAAAUAAACUAUGUGUAGAACAGAUCAUUUAUGCAUGUAAUCAUACAUCUUUAAACAGAUUAUGCUUAUUUAUUACUAAUUCAGGUAGUUUUGUUUAUUUAAAUAGUAUUUUUUUAAAACGAAUCGACCGAAAAUGUCCUUUUCAGACCCGAAAAAUUUUCUGUUCAAUCGUCAAAGUGGUAUUUGGAUGGGGCUUCUGAAAUUUACUUUCGUCAUCUUAUUCACGUAAUCCCAGGAUUUCUUAUACUAGACUUUUUCGUGAUUUAGGUAUUCAAAAAUCACCAUUUUGUCGAGGUAUCUGAGUGCUGAAGGGCUACUCAACCUACAUUUAUCGUUCAGAUGAAAUAUAAAUAAAGUGAAUACGAAACAGUAAUCGUUUAGCACAUUCAGAAAUUUCAUCAGUUUAUAACCGAUCGGAGUUACUAGUUGACAAUUCAGAUUUGAAUUGUUAAAUCUCAGUAUUCAAUCAAAGUCAAGUAAUAUCUAGUUCACAAAACGUAUGAACUCGGUUUGAACUUACCGCCCUACACAAAUUUGCUGUUCUUAGUUGACAGUUGAUUUCGCAUAGUUCAUAUAUCAUAGACUUGUGUUAGUACGGAAUUAUUCAUUGACCGUUUUUGGUUGUGGAUGAGAUAAGAAUAAAUGUGACACAACAGUUGGUUGUCUUUUUUGAAAGUCAGACGUUAUAAUAAAGUUAAGAUUUCAAAGGGUCAUUUUAUUAUGUAUUUAUUCAUUUGAACGCGUAAAUAUUCGUACAACAAGGCACCAAUCACAUAUGUAUCACACAGUAACAUGGAAGUUUUGAAGAGAUCGAGAACAGAGAUUGAGUAGCGAAAAAGAGAGGGGGAACGAAGACAAAUUAGUCUCUGAGAGUGAAAUAAUAAUUCUAAUAAGAGAAGAAAUUCAGAAAUAUUACUUUCAGUUAAAAAGGUUAAGGUCUUUUUUAUGAAGAAAGCGGAGGAAAGUUUCAGUGGGACUGCCACCAGCUUCUACUCUGAGCCAUGCCUGAUGGCGUCUCAUGCCACUGUGUUGCACCAAAUGCAGUUCUUUAAACAGGGAGUUGUAAAAGUGUAGCAUAGAUCCGUCCUGUACAACUUUCUUUCAUACCACAAAACCAUGCCGUACACUACCAUGACCAUUAUACAAAACUGGAAAAUGCUGUCGUGGCUGCAUUGAUAAUAAGAUUAAUUACAUAAUGUUAAUUUAUAAUUUUUCGUAAGAAGGAAGUGGUCACUACUGAGAUGACAGGUAACAAGAAACAUGAAAUUAUUACUUGCAUGGGUAGCAGUCAUCAGUUGGUCUUUCAAAUAUUUCAUUUAAGUAGCUAACAACUAAUCUUGUAGAAUCUUUCGUUUUGCAUCAUGAGGUUUACAGAAUGUAUAGACAACCUCAUCAAACUUUAUUCUCGACUUGCUGAAAUUCACAAGCGUUUAAUUACGUUUAAGAAUGGUUGAUUUAUUCAUUAAACUGUACAUUACCCGGUCAAUUGAUAACCAAAAUGUUAAAAAUGAAGUAAGGAGAAACUGUGAUAUAAGGCCAAUUUAUUCAAACGAGUCACGAACCUAACAUCUUUUGACUAAUUUCUCAGCAAUGAAGAUUGGAUUUAUUGUGCAGUUUGAUAGAACAGCGUACAUUCUGCUGAUGAGAAACACGUCUUUGUCUACGAUAGACUGCAAUCAUUUAGUUUAUUCGAAUACUUAUGAAAUGAACAGCUAAUAAAAUUUACUAAACUGACCGGCGAAUUCCCUGUUUCGCAACUCUCAUGACGUUCCAUGAAUACAUU